AUGGGAAAGUCCAUACAGCUAGUUAAGAUUCUUAAGAAGAGGAUGAUUAAUAUUGCUUGCGUCCAGGAGACAAAAUGGGCAGGACCUAAAGCUAAGGAGGUGGACGGGUAUAAGCUUUGGUUCUCGGGUAAGUCGGGAGAUAGGAAAGGGGUAGGCAUCUUAGUUGAUAGUAAGCUAAGGGAUCAGGUGGUCGAGGUUAGAAGGGUUAAUGACAUGAUGAUAAUGAUUAAGUUGGUCAUUGGAGGGUUCACCCUGAACAUUAUUAGUGCUUACGCGCCGCAAGUGGGCUUGGACGAGGAGGUUAAGAGGCGUUUUUGGAAGGAUUUGGAUGAAGUGGUAGGAGGUAUACCGCUUACUGAGAAGUUAUUCGUAGGAGGAGAUUUCAAUGGACACAUUGGGUCUAUUUCGACGGGUUAUGAUGAUGUGCAUAGGGGUUUUGGCUUCGGAGACAGGAACGGAUGA